UCUUCAUCACCAGAAAAAGCAUCAAAGUCUCAUUUUUUUUGUUCUGGGUUCUGUUAAGAGGUUUUCUGCGUGAGAGUGGCCAUGGGAAGAGCUCCUUGUUGUGACAAAGCCAACGUUAAGAGAGGACCAUGGUCUCCAGAAGAAGAUGCAACACUCAAAAAUUAUGUAGAGACUCAUGGCACUGGUGGAAAUUGGAUUGCAUUGCCCAAAAAAGCUGGCCUUAGACGGUGUGGCAAGAGUUGCCGUCUACGGUGGCUCAAUUAUCUGAGGCCAGACAUCAAACAUGGAGGCUUUACUGAAGAAGAGGACAACAUCAUUUGCACCCUCUAUGCUCAGAUGGGAAGCAGAUGGUCUGCCAUAGCCUCUAAACUUCCUGGUAGAACCGACAAUGAUGUGAAAAACUACUGGAACACGAAACUGAAGAAGAAGAUCAUGGCUAGAAAAGUUACCCUCAAAACAUUGACUCACAAUGACACUCUUCCUUCAACUUCAACUCCAUCAUCACUAACCAACAACCAAAAUGUCAAGACUAGUCAAAAUUCACCUUUCCCUUCACAAAAUCAAAAUUCCCCACCCUCAGUGCUGCCAGUCUUAGAUGCUAAUAAUGCAUUAUUCAUCACUAAUAAUGAAAAAAGCAUUAUUAGUUUUGACCAAACUCAUCAUGGGUUGUAUAGUCCACAAGUCAUGGAUGAUGUUGUGUCACAAAUUGGUGCAAGUUCAAGGAUUAUUAACAAUAAUAAUAAUAAUAAUCCUAUGCUGUCAUUGUCUCAAGAAGGUUCAAGCAGCAUUUCGGAUUCCUCUUCAAUUGCAAUGAACAACAACAAUGUGUCACAUCCAGAACAACAGCAUGCUAGUGAUGAAUCUAUGGAAAUGUUGAUGGAUUUUGGCUUUGGAUUUCCCUUUGAUUUUGCCAAUGGUCCUAACUGCCAUUAUGAGAGAGUUGGUGAAUUUGCUACAAGUUCCUAUCCAGAGUGGGUUGAUUUUAGCUAUGCUGACAUUAAGCCACAUUGACCGAAUCAAAAUGUUAUAUAGUUAGCUAGUUAUACAAUAUCGUAUAACCAUGGGAUAUUCUGUAAGAAAAAAAAAUGCAAAAAGCAUAUGUGAAGGGAAGACUUAGCUGACAUUUAAUUUUCUAGUUAGUUGAUCUAAUAUAGUAUUAAUUGGUAGUACUCGUGUGUUGUGUUCAUAGAUAGGAACUGCAUAGUUUUAUUAGGUCAAAAUUUGAAUCAAGCAAAUAAGAAAGAUUAAAGAUUAUUGCUGAUAAGAUG